AGAGAAGAGAGAGGGGAGAGAGAGAAGAGAAGAGAGUGACAAGAAAAAGAAGAGAAGAGAGAGAAGAAGUCUUCAUGGGUUCUUGGAAACCCAACCCUGACCUCCUCUUUCUCCACGGAACACAGCAUGGCACCAGACCAGACAUGAAGACUGAUGUGACGACGACUCGGAGCUCAGAUGAGACUCUAAGGUGUACCCAGGGUAGCUGUAGCUGUCAGAGUUACCAGCCUGGACAGCUAAGGACCUGCCUGGACUGUAGACAUGGAUGGGUGUUCCACGCCUUGGACAAGCUCCAGGCCCCUGUGUGUGGUGGUGCCCAGGCGGAGGUGGUGGUCCCUGGGGUGGUGUUUGACCUGAGCUCCCUGGUCCUGUUUGGGGCCCAGGCUGUUCCUGUGAGGAUGAAGAUCCUUCUGGACCGGCUCCUGAGCGUGCUGCCCCAGCAUCAGGUCCUCCACACCCUGCUGCCGCUGGGCUGGAGCCUGAGGGACUACAUCAGAGGAUACAUGCUGCAGGACUCUACAGGAAGGGUAUUAGAUCGUUGGCUCAUGCUCUCCCAGGAAGAGGAAGCUGUCAUCUUACCUCACUUCCUGCGAUUCGGAGAGACGCGCCCCAUUGUUGAGCUGAUGAUGCAGCAGGACUCCCAGGCCAAUCACGUCGCUCCCUCUGGUGUAAGGCCCGCCCCCCAGACCCAGUCCAACCUGCAAGCGUUCAUAGAGAACUCCCUCCGGAACCCUCCUCCUAGCUCCAGAACCCCUGGAACACUCUCCCAGCUCCAGAACUCUGGAGGAGGUUCCACCAGUCUGCACCCCUUAAAGAGCCUGACCUCCGACCUGUCCUGGCUCCUCCAGCUCCCGAGCCCCUCCCUCUUGCUGGAUCUGACACCGCCCACCAGACCAGGACGGGUAAUAAGACUUGGAGGAGACCAGAACAAGGGGGUGGGAGAAGGUCCUGGUACUGGUCUUGGUUCUGGUUCUAGUUCUGGAUCCCGCCCCGUCUCCCUGACCCAGAACAACUCCAGAACCAGCUCCUUUCAAGACCCACGCACGCCCUCUCUCUCCUCCCUCUCCACCUCUCCCCCCUCCACACUCCCCCCUCUCCUCUCCUCUUUCCCCCCCUCCCUCUCCUCCUCUCUUCUCUCCCUUGGAGUGCGUAAGGGCAGGGUCAGCUGUACUGCGUGCGGGAAGAGCUUCUACGACAAAGGCAACCAGCGGCAGCCAAUCCCAUAGAUCCUUUGGCUCGGAGGGAGGGGCUGGUGCCUCCCAGCUGGCCUAUCAGAAAGGCAGGUGUGUGUCAGGUGACCCUGCAUCCAAGAAGAAACCCAGGAAGUCCAGCACACCUGUGAAGAUCGCCGUGACGACGGGGGAGGGAAUAGACACCUAAAACUGGUUCUCUUUUAUUUCAACAAGUAGAUCACUCUUCUUCUUUAAAACAACAGGUGUUUAUUUAACAUGUAUAACAGGAAUAUAUAUAUAACUGAAGACCCGCCUUGACGAGUUACUGACAGAUUGCUCUUCCAUUUGAAUUUUGCACCAAAAAGAGCGUGGUGAGCAGUAAUGUAAUAGACUGGGGGUGAUGUCUCACUGACAUUUGAAUAGAGUACAAAACAACAUUGGCAACAUGAAAUGCAGUGUAUUAGGCUUUUGUUCAACAUUUGAUUCAAAACGAUUCAAAAUGAAAUGAGGAUUGCAUGGUCAUUUAGACAUUCUAUUGCCAUUUAAAAAAUGUCAUUUGAAUAAAGAGUUUAAUAAACUUCGAUAAAGGCACGGAGUAGCAAAGCCACAAUAUAAUAACAUGCUAUUGUCACAACAACCACUGGAGGGCGCAUGAUUCUGCAGCAGAACAACAUCAUAGCUUCAGUGCAACACAACUACACUUCCAUUAUCAUGAGACAUGAACAAGAUACUGAUGGUUUUUCUGCAUAAAAGAUUCAUACACACUCACACACCACACACACACACACACCUUAUACACACACACCUUAUACACACACAGCAUACA